AAACUAUUAUAUAAUUUUGGUAAAGUUUGAUACACUUUAUUAUUUGCUUAUUCUUAGCUCUUAUUUUUUAGGGGACAAAGGCAAUUGAAGGAUUAUUCAUGGACAUGUCUGAACAACAAGAAAUUCAAUUUACAACUGAAACCUUCGCAAAGAUGAAUAAACUUAGAUUGCUCAAAAUUCAUCAAGAUGCUAAAUAUGAUCAUAUUAUGGAAAUUGAUGGAGAUGUGCAUUUUCCUCAAGUGGCCCUUCCUAAAGACUUGAAAUUGCCCUCUUUUGAGUUAAGGUAUCUCCGUUGGGAUGAAUAUUCUUUAAAAUACUUGCCACCAAAUUUUCAUCCGAAGAAUCUUGUUGAGCUCAACUUACGGUGUAGCAACAUAAAACAACUUUGGGAAGGAAAUAAGCUUCUUAAAAAGUUAAAGGUCAUCAAUCUUAAUCAUUCACAACAUCUCAUGGAGUUCCCAAGCUUCUCAAUGAUGCCAAAUUUGGAGAUACUAACCCUUGAAGGGUGCAUAAGCCUUCAGCGUCUUCCAAUGGACAUUGAUAAGUUGCAACACCUUCAGACUCUCUCUUGCCAUGAUUGUUCAAAACUAGAGCAUUUCCCAGAGAUCAAGUACACAAUGAAAAAUCUCAAAAAGCUUGAUUUAUAUGGAACAGCUAUAGAGAAGCUACCCUCAUCAUCAAUUGAACAUUUGGAAGGGCUUGAAUAUUUGAAUUUAGCACAUUGCGAAAAUCUUGUGAUUCUUCCUGAGAGUAUUUGUAAUUUGAGAUUUCUCAAGUUUCUCAAUGUCAAUGCAUGUUCAAAACUCCACAGGUUGAUGGAGAGUCUAGAGAGCCUGCAAUGCUUAGAGGAGUAUUACAUCUAA